UUAUUUUUUCACAGAAUUACAAAUCGACCUAAAAAUCGAUUUACCCGGCGAUUAUAACAACAAAACCAAACAUUUGUUUUUAUGUUUUUUGUUGUUUGCAGACAUGAAACAAACACUACUAAACCACAAUGAAUGGAUGUUUUAGUGAAAAGUCCCUUCAGCGUUGAAAGCUAAGAUUAUGGACGGGCCAGAGUACAUUGACAUCCCCGACGUAUGUCGUGUCUGCUUGGCUCGUAGGGGAAAUGUGGGCAUAUUUGAGAUGGAUGACAAGGACAGCGAGGAACUCCUUGGUUACUCUGUAGCGGAUCGUAUCAUGUCUUUUGCUUGUGUUGAGAUUCAAUCCAAUGAUGAUCUCCCUGCCAAAAUCUGCUCCCGAUGCCUCAAGCAGAUAAACCAAGCUUUUAAAUUGAAAGCCCAAUGCGAAUAUGCUGAUGCCACUCUGAGGGAAUUACGCAAGGACACAGCUAGUAAUGUGAUUUGCCUCUCUGCAGAAGAGGGAAGCAAGGAAAGUUUUAAAGAAACCGUAGGUACAGUUGAUGCCAUUCUGACUUCUGAUCCUGUUUCAGAGAUUGAGAGUGUACAAGAUCUAUCUUCUAAUGGAGAUGAAUGUUCAAAUGCCCAAGAUGUGCUGAGUGCACAUGCAGACUGUGAUAAUGAUGUACCUGAAGAAGUGCUGAAUGGGCAUGCAGACUGUGUUAACGAUGCUUCGGAAGAAAAUUUGAAUGCUAUAGACUGUGAUAAUGAUGUCUCUGGAGAAGGCAUUGUCCUCUUGUCCACCAGCGCAGAAAACAAAUACAGAACUGUAUGCAGUACCACCCAACAAAUUUAUUACCAAAAGAAUAAUACCAGCGAUAAAGUUACUUUCAAACUUCAAGCUCAUAAAUCUAUGAAGCAAAUGAGUCAAACAGAGAAUGUCAUAGUUUGUGCUGAAUGUGGAGAACAGUUUUCUAAUAAAAGGAAGAUGGAAGAGCAUGGCCUUUCGUUACCAGGACAUCGGCCAUUCUCGUGUGAGCUGUGUUGGAAAACUUUCAAACGAUUAAGUAAUAAGAAGGAACAUGAAAAAAUGCAUUCUGGUGUGAAACAAUUCCUUUGUAGUGAUUGUGGUGAGUUGGCUACAGGAAAGAAAAAUCAUUAUUGCAUGGCCUUACGUGACAAGGCUGAAAAGGGACAUUCUUGUGAUGUGUGUGGAAAGAACUUUGUCAGUCAGACAUCUCUAGGAACACACAAAAAGAGACAUAACACUCAAUCCAAAUUUCAGUGCAAAGAAUGUGAUAAACUGUACUUCAGCCGGCAAGAGCUAGAAAGACAUCUGCGAGUGCAUUUUAACAUCCGUCCCUUCAACUGUCUUGAUGAAAGCUGCUCACUAACAUUUUUUUCUCAAGGAGAACUGAACAGGCAUUUGAGAUACCAUGAAGGUUUAAGAAGGUUCUCCUGUGAUAUAUGUGGACAGAAGUUUUUUGAAAGUGGUCAUUUAGCAUGUCACCAGAGAAAGCACACUGGAGAACGACCAUAUGCCUGCCGUCACUGUCCAAAAUCUUUCACAGACAGUUCAAAGUUAAGGAGGCAUUCCCUGGCCCACAAAAAGUCAACAUCCAAGAAAAAGGCUACUGCUCUAUCUAAUGUCACUACUGAUCUAGAAAUGACCUCUGAUCCAGAAACAUGUAAUGUAGAAUUAGAAAUCACAGUACCACAAGAGGAUAUGAGGCCAGAGUAACUGGUAGAUUCAUAAAUAUUGUUUCCAUAUUAACAAGUAUAUUGACAUUAAAUUACUACUAUCUUUAUUUUCAACCUCAUAUGAGUUCUACAGGUAAGAAUACAAUGACCACAAUCAAAAUUUGUUUGACCAGGAAUGGGUCAAAAUUAACUUUCAAGCAGUGCUCAAAUUUAAUUUAAAUUGGAUUUUUCAGUAUUUAUUGAUACCUGAGUCAAGCAAUUACCGGUAAGUAUAAAUGAAGGUAUUAUGAAUAUUUGAUCUCUGAGCCCAGGGAAGAAAGAGCAGCUUUGUCAAAUUUAUAAUACAAACUUACUGUACAUUCAUAAAAAGAUAUAUACAAAAUCAAAGUU